AUGACGCAAAUGAAAACAGCGGGCCGAAGACGCAGAGUGAUGACGAAUGCGGAAGUUAAAGGGGAACGCCCGAAAAAAAAAAAAGGCGCCGAAAUUCGAAAUAUAAGGAAGAAGAUGGAGAUGAUGAAAUUAGACCACUUGAGAAAGGCUGAUAUCGCCGAAACGCGUUGUG